UGACCAAUAGUAGCAGCGCUUACUUACAAGUGCGGCAGCGCGUUGCUAAGGCUGAGGCGCUGGGCCACCAUUCUCCCUCGCGGAAAGCAAUCUUUACAAAAGCUGGUGUCAAGAUGGGGAUAGGACCAGGGAUUAUUAUCCUUGCUUUUAUUUGGGCUUUGUCUUUUCUGAUAUGUAAACUGCUAUCUCGGUCAGGAGGCAUGGUCAGCUGGCUUUCGAUUGUAUUGGUUUUCUUCCUGGCACUGAUAAUCACCAUGAUCCUCAUCUUUUUUCCUCGAGCCAAGGAAACACCUGAACUGGUGACUGACGAAGUGAUUUUUGACAAUUUCUUCAUCGGUCGCUAUUGUCUCUUGUGUAUAUUGAUUGUAGCGUUCCUGGCGGGCUUGAUUCUACUAUUUCCUCAUUACAUUGUGGAACAUAGGGAUUCAAAACCCUUUCGAAGCUUCCAACAAGCAAGCCAGAAGGUCACUGAAUUCUGUCCGUGAAAGUAUUGUAACUUACCCAGAAGUUUCUUUUCAUGAAAACUAUGGAGUGGAUAUUGAAAUAUUUAGAUAAGUAUUAAUUUAAAGGUCAAACUCUCCUCUUUAAACAAAAAAAAAUCUAAAUGAAUUGCCUAUUUUUAUUUUUCUGCCGUUUCCCAGGGGUUUGUUGUUAUGUUUGAAUGGAAGUGAAAAGAUUUUCAUUGAAUUGAGCAAUAUUUCAGUGGAAAAAGUAUUAGUAAAGACAUGUAUCAAUUAGGAGAAAAUAACUGUAAGUUCAUAGAAAUGUCAGCACAAAAUAAGGUAAUUUCUGGGAUAUACAAACAAACAUUUUAUGAUCAGUUUUGCCCCUCUUUGUCUUCUAUAAAUCCAUGGAGAGUCUAAGUGGUCAUUGUCCUUCCAUACCAAGUGGCCACUUGAAACACUUGAUUCUGAACAAUCCUGGCUAACUGUAAUGGGGUAAAAUAGACAAAUCUCAUUUACUUUAUCUAGGGUUAACAUACAUUUUCAACCAGUGCCAGUGAAUAGUGAUCUGAUGUUGCCGUUCUAGCAGAUUUUACUUCUAGCGCUGGAAUGGUGAACCAGAAGACCAGACUAGAAACCAUUCUCUUCAGUCUUUAAGAAUACUGGAGAAAUGAGGGGUAUAUUUUGUUUCCUUUACUACCAAUUCCUAAUAUGUAGGUCAAAACAGAUGUGGAAUUGCACAUAAAAUAUUGGAACAUAUGAGAUAGAUUAAACAGAUAUUCAUGUCUCAUCUUGCCUUCUCACAGCUGGAUUCUUAUUUACCUAUGAAAGUCUACCAAAGGGAUGAAUUUAGUGCUUCCAUAUAAAACCACAGAAAUUUUUGCAAUUCUGGCUUCUACAGCUCUUGAUGUAGAGGCAAUAGAGCAGACAAGGCAGAUUCUCUCUGUUGCCAACUGGUAUCUAAAUAGAGCAACUUCAAAGUCAAAAACAGGUUUAUUAUCACUGCUUGUCUUCCACGACGUGGAAUUUGUUGGUCUGUGGCAGUAGUACAGUGCUAAGACAUAAAAUUAUUAUAAAUUACAAAAUAAAAAAUUGUGUAAAAUAAUAAUUAAGGGCUAUCUGCUAGCUUAAAAUAACAAUUGAACAGACCAGAUUAAACAGAAGUAGACUGUUUUCACUAGAGGAGCUACGUACUUUUAUAUGAUGUCCCUAACAUAGUAAAAUCAUCCCAAAGCUGUGCAGGUAUAUGUUAAUAAAAUCAAUCGACCCCAAAACAUGUGGUAAUCAACCAAAAGCAUGAUUAAAGAGGUAGAUUUCACAAGCACCUGAGAGACAAGUAAAGAGGUAGAGAAGUUUAAUGAGUGAAUUCAUAAACUUGAAGACAUGGCUGCUACUGAUGGAAUAGUUAAAAUUAUUGACAUUCAAGAACAAGAUACCUCAAAUGGUUGUAGAAUUAGAGAUUACAUAGAUAAAAUUGGGUGAGGCCUGGAAUUAUUUGAAAACACGGAUUAGAAUGUUAAAAUCAGGGUGUAACACUAGGGGUAGAUAAAUUUUAAGAGACAAAAUGGAGAUUUACGCAGUUGGGAUUGUACAAGUCUGAUUGAAACACAGAUUGUUGUAACAUUUGAGAGUUGGGUUGCUGAAAGUAGUUAAGAAGUAUAUAGAUGAGCACAUGCAUUGCUUAGGCAUGGAGAACUAUGGGCAGAGUGAUUGGUGAAAGGAAUUAAUACAGAAAGGUUCCCGAUGGUUGGCAUGGAUGAAUUGAGCCAAUUGUCAUGUUACCAUGCAGUAUAAUUCUAUGAAGUAGAGCAUGCGAGUGAAUUGGAAUGGCUCCUGUGAACUGAUUGGGAUGAACAGCCUUGUUUCAUAUUCUAUUAAAAACAAAUUUCCUUUCUGCUUUCUAUGGGGAGAAGCAAAAUAGCUUUACUGGUUGCUGUUUCCCAUUAACAAAGGGCGCAGUGCAAAAAAUGAUUGGCUCAACAACAUUGUGGAACCAACCAAUCAUCCCAAUCUUAAAAGAUUUUUCACAGCUAAUUAUUUAACAUGAUUUUGGAUACAUUGAUAUUUUUUCAGAUUUUAAGUAUAUUAUUUUGUAGCUAUUGUAAAUGAUCAUUUUCUGGUAAAUAUACACUUUUAUGUAGCCAAAGCAGAAAUGCGAGAAGAACUCAGGCAGUCAAGCAGCAUUUGUGGAAAGAAAUCAGUUAAUGUUUUGGGUCAAUGACCCUUAACUAUUCUGAGUUUCUCUUUCCAUAGAUUCUGCUUGACUGGUUGAGUUUUAUCAGCAUUUCUGUUUUUGUUUUGGAUUUGAGUACCUGCAGUUAAUUUGUUUUCCAUACAGCUUUAUACAUAUUUGUUAAAAAAAUUAAAACACAUACAAAUCAGUGUAUUUUGAAGUUUUUAAAUAAAAAAAAUGUUUAAACUCCCACAUCUGAGCCUGACACUCCUGAAUUCCAUAGAAUUUGCUGCUCCCAUUCCCUGUAAGCCCAUUGAUGUUUGAUGAAGAAUGUGACACUAGGUGGCAUUGCAAUGCCACCUAGAGACCAAAGUUAAGAACUAUCAAGAAAAUAUUUUGCAGUUGUAGCUAAAAAUGGGAAGAAUGGAAACAAAUUUCUAAAUGAAAACCAUAAAGUAAAUGGAGCAUGAAAGAAUAAAGAUAAAUCAAGGUAAAGAAAUAUAAUGCAUAUAUUGUGAUGUCACAUACAAUAGCAGUUCUUUUUAAUAGUUAUAGUUAAAUUUAAUCUAAAUGAGACAGAAUUAUUUUUGCCAUAUGUGAAGGGUAUUCUUCCUAUAUGAUUAAUUUUUUCUCUGAUAUGUCUUUUCCCUCAUGUUCUGCAGAGCACAGCAAACUAACUUAAAGCACACAGGGAACAAUCAAAACCCACACUGUUAAAUGUAAUGUACAUAUUGCUUGGUCUCUAAGGUUUUCUUAAAAAAUGCAAAAUAAAGUGUCUAAAUUUCCUCUGCAUAAUUCAGUUUUUCAAGAUUUCCCCCUUUUUGACACAUUAAUAGAGGUGUAAAUGGAAAUAAAGUACAGAUGAAUCCUGAUCUAAUUAAAUGGGUUGAAGGAGUGAAUCUCACCGAGUGUAAGAUAGCUGAUAGCACAGAAAUAGGUGGGAGGGAAUGCUGUGAUGAGAAUAUUUGGACUCUACAACAGUGGGCGAAAUAAGCAGUCAAUGAAGUUUCAUAUAGGAAUGUAUAAGACCAUGCAUUUUAUAUAAGGAAUCAAAAGGUAGACUAUUAUCUGGAGAGAGGUUGCAAAUUAGUGGAGUAAUUUGUGCAAGUAAACAUAAGAAGUUAGGAUUAAGGUACAGCAAGUGAUUAAGAAGACAAAUGAGUCCUUUAUUGCAAGGGGAUUUGAGUUUAAAAAUAGACAAAUAAUUUUUCAGUUGUAACGAGUGUUGGUGAAACUAAAGUUGGAAAACUAUGUGCAGUUCUGGUCUCUUAUUUAUAAACUAAUACAACAUGAAAACAGACCCUUUGCCCAUGUAAUCCACACCAACAAUAAGCCAUCCAUUCAAACCAAUUCUACAGUCCCAUUUCUUUUAUUCUCCUCACAUUUCCAUCAUCUCCCCCCAGAUUCUACCUCUCACCCACACACUGGGGAGCAAUUAAUUUAGAGUUGUGCAUGUUGGCAGCUUAAUUGACAUCUUUGGGAUGUGGGAAGAAACUGGAGCACCUGAAGGAAACCUGAAUAUUGCACACAGACAGCAUCGGAGAUCAGGAUUGAGACCGGAUUGUCAGAGCUGUCAGGCAGAAGCUCUGCUGUGCUAUUGUUCUGCCCAUAGAAGAUGUAUUAGAAUGGAGGAAGUCCAGAAAAGAUUCACUGGGCUAAUUCCUAGGAUGAAAGGGUUGUCCUAUCACCAAUGACCAAAAUAUAAGGUUAGACCUAUAUUCUUUGCAGUUUAGAACAAAGGGUGAUCUUAUUGAAACAGAAGUUCUUAAGGGAGCAUGACAAGGUAGAUGUUGUGAUGUUUCCAUCACUGGAGAGCUUCAAAGGAAGGGUAAUUAUUAGAAGAUACGGAGGCAGCCAUUUAAAAUUGAGAUAUAUAAGAAUUUCUUCUCUGGAAUUCUGUGGACUGAAGGACUGGUGGCUAAAUCAAUGGAGAUAUAUAAAGAGGAAGUAUAUAAAUUUUUGAAAGUGGAGAAUUGAAGUGAUGUAGUAGUGCCUGUAAAAA